UUCAAGGGCUGAAUACCUCCACAGUACAAAAAAUAUUGUUGCAACUUUUGUCAAGGCUUCUGAAGAUGAGGAGCUUGCAGUUUUCUUGAAGCAAGAUGCUAUGUUAGAAUCUAAAGCUUGAAAAAAGAUGAACAACAUCAAGUUAUAUGUCUGGAGGGUGUUCAUUAUGGAUAACUGUGAGGAGCUUAUGCCCGAGUACCUUGGAUUUGUGAAGGGUGUUGUGGACUCUAAUGAUUUGUCUCUCAACAUCUCUCGUGAGAUGCUACAACAGAACAACAUUCUCAAGGUGAUUAGGAAGAACCUUGUGAAGAAAUGUAUUGAGAUGUUCAAUGAAAUUGCUGAGACAAAGGAGAAAUUAAAGCUCGCUGAUAUGUUUACCAAAGCUCUUCCCAAAUUCAAAUUUGAAACUCUUCGUGAACAACUUGGAGUUACCAGCAAACAUCUCAAGGAGGAGUGUUGAAGUAUUGAGUUAAUUGCUGUUAUUUUCUUUUUUAGUUUAGUAAUUUUAUUUCUGAAAUUCAGUUAUUUAGUUGAGAUAGAAUAAGAUUUUAUUAGUAUCCCAGUUGAAGAUAGAAUAGGA